GCAAAUCCACCAGUUGCUAUUCAGUUCCCGUCCAUUACUUCGACAAGUAUCAAAGUAAAGUGGCAAAAACCAAACGAUGUAAUUAACUAUGAAAGCAGACUCCUAUACCGACUUGAGUACCGCAAGGGAAAUACUGAUCAAGUAUGGAAGAAGCCUCCAAAUACAUCAGAAAUCAAAGAAAAAACUUGUUGGCUGACGUCACUUGAGGAAUAUACUGACUAUGAAAUUCGAAUGGCAAGCAAAAUAGAGUCGGCGGAAUGGGGGCCUUGGUCACUUGUCAGUACAGCGGCAACUUUACCUGGGGUUCCAGGUAUUGUUAGUAACAUGUCAGCAGUCUCGGAAUCAAACUCCUUGAAUUUGGAAUGGACAAUUCCUUCGGAGCCCAAUGGACCAAUAAACUACUACACCGUUCGCAGUCGAUUUCACGAGCGGGGUUGGUUUUACCAGAAUACAACAAACACGCGGAUCGUAAUACCUACAGAUUGUAACAAUGUCACCGAAGGAACAGCACUAACCACUAAUGUUGCCGCUGUAAACAUAGUGAAUUCGUCGAAGCUAAGAGGAGAGUGGGCCCAACGAGAUUACCCCGUCUGUGAGCUACAGGACAUUGUAACGAUAUUACCAACUGUACUACAAAACAUUGAUAAAAUAAAAGCCAUAAACAUAACAUUGACGGUGAUAAUUGUCCCGAGUGUCAUAGUCUUAAUCAUGAUAAUAGGAAGGAUUGUCAUCAAGAAGUACUCUAAACUUGAUCUACGCGGUUCGCCGAACUUGAGCAGACGAUAUCAAUUGAAAAGGAGGUGA